AUGGACAGCUCGGACAGCAGCGGCUGGGAGGAGGACGAGCGGCUCCUGAAGCCGCCUCCGCGGGUGGACCGGCGCACCGACGUGAAGGAGGCCCGGGCCCUGCAGGCCUGCGGCGCCAGCUUCCUGGACCCGCAGCUGCUGGCCUGGCGGGCGCGGGAGGCGGAGGAGCGCCUGGAGGCGGAGGACCAAAGCUUCCAGCGGGAGGUGCUGGAGGCCCUGCGGGCCUACCACGCCGGGGAGCGCCGGCGCCUGCGCGGGCUGGGCGGCGGGCUGCUGGACCUCGAGGCGGAGGUGUUCAAGCCCGCGAGGCUGGAGAGGACCGUGCAGCAUCUGGAGUUCGCCGCGGGCAGCCUGCGCCGCCAGGGCCUCCCGCGCCGGGCCCGGCUGCUGCUGUGGCUCUUCCUCAACCAGGAGCACCACCGCCUGGCGCUGGGCGAGAACGCGGCGGACACGAUCGUGCGGAUGACGCGGGACCUGCGCAGGGCGGCCCCGCGCCGCGGGCGCCUUCCGGGCGCUGCCGCCCUGCCUGCUGCAGGAGAUCCUGCUCUGGCUGCUUGGCAGGCGGACUUUGCCAUGGUGCGCGGGCGGGACGCGCUCAGCUGGCUGGGCGCCUGCCGGACCCUCCGCGAGGACCCCCUGCGCACGAGGGUGCUGGUCUUCCAGCGGGAGCUCCACAACAUGUUCCUGGCGGAGUGCUCCGCCCACCUGCGGGAGGUCGGCCGGUGCGCGGUGUGGGAGCUGCGCGCACUGCGCAUCACCGUGGAAAGGAUGACCCCCUGCGCCGGCCGGCGCCACGCGCUGGAGCAGAGCCUGCUGCGCCCGGCGGCGCGGCGGGGACGGGCCGCGUGCGACCACCACGUGGCGCGGACGCUGGACCUGGUGGAGAGCGAGCCCUUGGCGGUCGAGGAGGACGAGUUCAGGGACGGCGAGGGCACGCUGCACCGCAUGCUGGUCUGCAUGAAGGGCGGGGCGGGCGCGGGAGGCGAGAGCACAGGCGGGCCUAAGAGUCUCGGGACCUAG